UGUAGUGUCAUAGAGAUAUUCAUAUUAUUUAAUAUGUAUAGAAAAAUUAUUUAAUUUUCAUUGUAUCUAAUAUAACAUGAAAUGUGUAUGGAAAUAAAAUAAUUACGUUUACCUAUCAAAGACCGAAAAGGGCACGCGUGGGACUGGUGGACCGUAGGGAGCAAAGGUAGGCUUGCCCACGCGUGCUCUUUUCGGCUUUUUGGAGUUCGGUCUUUUGGGAUUCGGCCUUCUGGGAUUCAUUUGAAAAUUCUUCCAUGGGACGACCCCGGCGUAGUGGUUAGGAUCAAUACCUCUCACGCCAAAGUCACGACUUCAAAUCUCACCCCGGAUAAGUCACGAAUGACCCAAGAGUGACUAUAAUUUAAAAAAAAAAUCUGCCUUUUUAAGUUCCACUUUGUUUUUCUGCCUUUUGAAGUUUGGCCUUUCGGUAAUUCUGCCUUACAACAAACUUUUACAAGAAUUGUUGGUCUAUAAUAUAUUGAAUGGGUUCCGCUUUUUUGAUAGAUCAAAAUUCUAUCCGCCAGACUAUAAAUAUAGCGACUACAGGUUUCACUCAGAAUAUUAGUAGUGUAAAAUGGGAUAAAAUUAAAUUUCGGUCUAUAAAAUAACUUUUUCACCUCUUUUUCGAGGUUCUUUUAAAGAAUAUUUCUAGUUCAAUAUCUAAACUAGCAAUGCUGCAUGAUAAAUCCACGUAAAUAUAUUGAAAAUGUAUUAAAAAUUUGCAAAAAUUCAUAUUACCCCGGGGGUCUAUUUUACGCCAUCUUACCCUUACACUGAGUAAAAUUUUCGUCGAGUUUCCUCAUAUUCGAGACGUUUUUCCUAAAAAAGUUGGAAAAUGUUAUCCACUUUUUGCUAAAUUGGGUCGAUUUUAUCGUUCGUGGACAUUCUAUCGAACUUGUAUGCAACAUUGUUUGAGACUUGGUAAGCAAACUUUUUUCCUUAAAUGUGAACAACAAUGCUAGAUUUACAAACUUUUGUAUAAAGAUUAUCGUUACAAGUGGAUACCAUCUUUUUUAACCCUUGUAACUUUAAUUAUUACAACGAUUUUUUUAAAAUCUGCUUCGAUCGAAAAAUAAUUCCAAACGCAUAAUAAGAAUAUUUACAUCUAUUCUUCUCGAAAACACGCCCACAUUCAUCAGGAAAAUAAGCUCUCCUAACGAAUUCUUUUCGCCCUUUAUUGAAUUGAAUCUCGUAUGACGAAAUUGGAGUCAAGAAGCAAUGUUAGAUUUGUAUGAAUAUAUCAUCAAUUUGUUACUCUUUAUCAAAUCUAACUGUACGUAUGGAAAGGUAAAUACAUUUAGAAGUCAUCUUUGACAAAAACAUUCUAUUAUUUGUUCAAACCCGAUCGUAAGAGAGAGGUAAAGUGCAGGUUGUACUUAGUAUGUCGAUAAGCAAUUAUAACGAAAAUAUAAGCAAUUAUAACGGAAUUUAAAGGAAAUAAACCAACACACUCAAAGCUUUUCACAAAGGGAUUCCGUUAAGAGGUUCGACAAAUUUAAAAUAUUGUUCUAUGACAGUAAUUGUAGUACCGUUUUACUGCUGGUAAAAAUGCAAUACCGACAUGACAUGACAUGACAUCAAGUGAUGUCACUGACAAAAAAGUUUCAGCAUUUUUAUUAUAAAUUCAGAAAACUGAAGAAAAAACAAAAUAAAUUUUCAGAAUUUUGUAAAUUUACCAGGCAGAUCGCAAAAAAUCGUUAUGUAUGUAAGAAGCAUGUAAAUUAUUCAAAGGGCACUAAUCAAAAAGAAACAGAAUCUAGUGUAGGGUCAGGUGGGGCAAGAGUGCUAUCUCCAAUAAUUUUGAAAAUAAACAAAUUUUCAAUGCUAGCUCACCCAUGAAACUUUCAAUGGUGUCCAUAUGCAGCAUUAUAGCAAGUCCUGUUUAAAAUAAAGUCUUACCAAAAUUGCGUAAAAUCAUUUUGUGCUGAUGUGCGAAAAGCGAAAUUAUUUAUAAUAAUCAGACAUCAUUCGAAUUUCUAAAUAUUUUUUUCCAAUAAUGCACUAUUAAUGAUUAAUUUAAACAAUAAUGACAGCUACCCAGCCAACCAGAUAUCGUAUAUAAUUGCAUAGAAAAAAUCGUUAAACUGUAUAUUUUUAGUCAGAUUCGUAUAUGUUAGCACCAUAAAUAUAUGUAUUGUUUAUGUAUGUUUAUGGUUUUGUAAUUGAGUUCAUCCCUGACUGAUUUUUCUGCAAUACAAUUACUGUGAGAGAGAGAGAUUUCAAGAACAGGAACUUUGCCUGUCUACCCGAUAUCGUUUGUUUUUUGAUUGCUACUACGUCUUAUUAUUCUAAUAAAAGUGAAUUUGAGAGCAGACAUUUUUGUUCUACAAGUUUUAUUUAUUUUCGGUUCGGAAAUUCGGAAAAGUCCCGGUUUCUCGUGGUAGAACUUCGCGUCAGUUCUCGGUAGUCGUGCCUUGUCCACUUCCGCAUCAUUUCGAACGAUUAACAUUGGUCCUUCGAACCGGAUCGGCGUGAAUCAGCGACAAUGGAGGAGCUGAUCAGGAAAAGAACCGUGGCCUUCGAGAGGCUGAAGAGAGUACAUGCGAGUGCAAGGCAGCUGGCAGAACAUGAAACACAGGCGUUCGAGGUUCACGAUCGGCUUCGGAAAUUAGCCGAGAUGGAGGAAUCUUUCGACAGGAUUCAAGCUGAAAUCGAAGAAGCAGUCCCGAACGAGGAACUUUCUUUGGUGCUCAGUGUGCGUUCGGACUACGAACAACUUUUCUACACAACGAAAGGACUGAUUACAAAGCUGCUGCAAGUGAAGGAAGGUCCAUCAAGUGCUGGCAGUGACUCUAUAGUAGUAGAUCCUAAUAACGAGCUGAAGGAGGCAGUCCGUGUACUGCUCGAAACGCAACGAACCCUCCUUUCCAGCCAAGCGACAAGUACAACGAAUAUGGAAGGGUUGGCUGUCCAGCUACGUCAGCAGCACUUGGAGCCAAUCGACACGCAGUUGCCGUCGUACAAUUUGCCCGUGUUCAGAGGCGACAGGAAGCAGUGGGCUUCUUUUAAAGAUCUUUUCGUCAGCGGCGUCGAUAAUAAAAACCUAACUAGUGCUCUAAAGCUACAAUUACUGAUGUCCCAUCUGGAAGGUGACGCCAGAAGUCUAGUUAGCAGUUACUCUAUCACCGACGCAAACUAUAAACAGGUGUGGGAUACACUUGUUGAGCACUUCGACAAACCAAAGUUCACAGUUGCCGCUCUGGUUCAGGAGUUCUGCGACCAACCGGCAAUAAGGCCUUUGAAUCUUGUAAGCUUACGAAAGUUAGUGUCAACGUCCGACGAGGUAAUUCGUCAACUCUGUGUCCUGGGGCCAACUUGCGAAACGAGAGAUCCUUGGUUGAACCACAUCGUACUGAAGAAGCUUGAUGAUGGUCUUCGGUCUCAGUGGGCACAGCAUAUUGUGGAUAAUGACGACCCAACGUUCGUCGAUCUUCUCAAGUUUCUUAAAAGGAAGUGUGAAGCGUUGGAGACAUGUGCAGCGUUCGGUGGAAAACCCUCGGAGUACGGCAGAAAGGAACCUCAUAGAGAUGACCGCAAGCAACUCACCGUGAAAAAGGAAAUCAAGACAUUCAAUGCAGUUCAACAGCAGUCGUGUCCGGUUUGCGCGGAAAGCCACAGGAUUUAUGAGUGCACCGUCUUCAAGGAAUCUUCUGUCAACGAAAGGCGCGAACGAGUGCAGCAGGCGAAACUAUGUUUCCAUUGUCUGAGACCAAACCAUUGCGCCAAAUCCUGUCCGUCGAAGUCGGUAUGCCGCACACCACACUGUCAACAACGUCACCAUACGAUGCUGUGCAAGGCAGACAACAAUGAGCUAACAUCGACCCCGCCGUCAGAAAAGCAAGUUUCGUCUUCGCCUUCACCACAGCAGCCGCAAAGUUCUGCAGCAGUCGACAUCAAGCCAGCGGUGUCCUGCACGACUAACGUCAAAAACAGCUGUUCUUCAGUUGUCAUCGGCCUACUACCAACGGCAUUAGUACGAGUGAAGCGAAUUGAUGGUCAGUGCCAGGAAGUACGAGUGAUGAUUGAUAGCGGUUCACAAGCAUCACUUAUCACGGAGAAUUGCGUGACCAAUCUCGGAUUGCAGCGAAGCAACGCUAAUCUGAUUGUCACCGGAAUCGCAAGCUGCUCAUUGGAAACCACCAGAGGAGUUGUCGACCUCGAAAUUUCUUCUCGCUUUUGCUACAAUUCGGUGGUCAACGUCAAGGCUUAUGUGCUGUCCAAGUUCCCGCGGAUCGUACCAAACCAGCGAUUGGAUCCUGAACGGCUAAAAUGUUUGGAAACAUUGCAGCUAGCGGACCCACAUUUUGACAAGCCCGGCAGAAUCGAUAUUAUUCUUGGAGCUGAUGUUUUCUUGGCUAUUUUGGAAGAUGGCAAGGUAAAAGAUGGAUCGGGACUUCCAGUGGCGAUCAACUCAACUUUUGGAUGGAUUGUUGCCGGUCAAGUUUUCGACGCCAGCGAGGUGAAUUGCAACACGGCCAUCAUCAGUCUCAGCAUAGACAUGGACAUCGACAAGGUUCUCCGGAAAUUUUGGGAAGUUGAAGAGGUCAACAGACCGAAACCUUUGACACAGGAGGAGCAGCAAGCAGUGGAUUUUUUUAAUACUACGCAUCGACGUGAUGAAACUGGUAGAUUUACAGUGCGUUUACCGUUCGACGAAAGCAAACCCACAUUAGGUGAAUCGAUGCCAACAGCAGUCCAGCGGUUGAAGGCGAUGGAAAGGAGAUUCGUUCGAGAUCCAGGCUUCAAACAGAUGUACGGUGAGUUCAUGACCGAGUACCUUAAUCUUGGUCACAUGGAGAGGAUUCCAGACGACGAGGUUAACGUUUCGCCGGAGAAAAGUUUCUACCUUCCACAUCACGGUGUCAUGCGGCCAGACAGUGUCACAACCAAAUUGCGAGUCGUGUUUGACGGCUCGUGUCAAUCGUCAUCCGGAAUUUCUUUGAACGAGAAACUGUUGACUGGACCGAAGGUCACCGAGGACUUGCCUGUCGUCCUCACCCGUUUUCGUAGCUACGCUUUCGCCUUUAUUGCGGAUGCGGAAAAAAUGUAUCGACAGAUAUGGAUACACAGAGACGAUGUUGAUUACUUGCGUACUGUAUGGAGAGCGGAAGCCGAUAAACCCAUUGAACAUUACCGGUUGCUGACAGUUACGUACGGGACUUCAUGUGCGCCAUUUCUGGCUAUCGAAUCCUUACGACAAGCUGCCCGUGAUUCCCGUGCGCAGUUUCCAGUAGCAGCUGAUCGAGUGCUGAAAAACUUUUAUGUUGAUGAUUUCCUCUCUGGCGCUGCAACAUUGGAAGACGCACUCACGUUGAAGAAAGACAUCGUUCGAAUUACAUCGGAAGCAGGUUUUCAUCUUCGGAAGUGGUCAGCAAAUGAUUCCCGGCUGCUGGACGAGAAUGCAAACGCUGCUCAACUCGAGGCUCAACCAUCAGUCCCUGUUAAUUUACAAUCAGAAGCGGAUGCAGUAAAAGCACUGGGUAUUCAUUGGUAUCCAGCCACAGACUCUUUCGGAUUCCGUUUGAAUUUCGACAUCGACAAGCCAAACACCAAGCGGCAACUUCUAUCAGAUUCAGCCCGGCUUUUCGAUCCCUUGGGCUGGAUCUCACCGAUAAUUGUGCAUAUCAAGAUACUGUACCAAACACUGUGGUUGCAGGACUUACAAUGGGAUGACCCACUUCCAGCUGUUAUCAACAAGGAGUGGAACAACAUCAAGGCAAGUUUGGCAUCAAUCGAAGACAUUCGCAUUCCAAGAUGGAUCGUAAAUCACCACGGAGCGGUACAGCUACAUGGAUUUGCUGACGCGUCUGAAACAGCCUAUGCAGCAGUGGUGUACGCCAGAUCUAAAGACGAUGAUGGCAAUGUCAGCAUUUCGCUGGUUGCGAGCAAAACCAAGGUUGCUCCUAUUCAGCAAGUGUCCCUUCCUCGGCUUGAAUUAAACGCUGCCGUUCUUCUUGUGGACCUCAUGAAGCAGAUUCUCGAAUCACUGGAUCACUUGGAUGUUACCUUUUACGCGUGGACGGAUUCUACCGUUGUGCUUGGAUGGCUCACGUCGCAUCCCAAGAAAUGGAAAACUUUUGUGGCAAAUCGGACAUCGGCGAUAUUAGAUUUCCUGCCUCGUAGUUCGUGGCAUCACAUAUCAUCGAGUGAAAAUCCUGCUGACUCAGUAAAAAGCAUGAAAAAACACUUGCGCGUUGUGCUGGGAACCAACGUUUUGAGUUUCGAAGAGUUGAUCACUGUCUUAACCCAGAUUGAAGCAUGCUUGAACUCACGACCUUUGUUUGCGCUUUCAAACUCAGUUGAUUCCUGCGAGGCUUUGACACCCGGACAUUUUAUCAUCGGCCAACCAUUGAACCUUGUUCCUGAACCGGACUUAUCAUCUGUACCAAUGAAUCGCCUCGACAGAUAUCACCAAUUACGAAAGAUUACCGAAGAGUUUUGGGAACGUUUUCGGACUGCAUACGUCUCAACACUUCAACCCCGGACGAAAUGGCAGAAAAUCCAGGACAACCUGCAGAUUGGGGACCUUGUUCUGGUGAAGAACGAGAACACGCCACCUGCCUAUUGGGAACUUGCUCGGGUGGUUGCUACUCAUCAGGAUCGUAGCGGCAUCGUUCGUAACGUAAGCCUGAAGAGAGGUCAAACUAUCUACCAGCGACCAAUCCAUAAGCUGGUGGUCCUUCCUACUAAUUGAGGCAUCCGCCUCAAGGCCGGGAUGAUGUUUAUGGUUUUGUAAUUGAGUUCAUCCCUGACUGAUUUUUCUGCAAUACAAUUACUGUGAGAGAGAGAGAGAUUUCAAGAACAGGAACUUUGCCUGUCUACCCGAUAUCGUUUGUUUUUUGAUUGCUACUACGUCUUAUUAUUCUAAUAAAAGUGAAUUUGAGAUCAGACAUUUUUGUUCUACAAGUUUUAUUUAUUUUCGGUUCGGAAAUUCGGAAAAGUCCCGGUUUCUCGUGGUAGAACUUCGCGUCAGUUCUCGGUAGUCGUGCCUUGUCCACUUCCGCAUCAUUUCGAACGAUUAACAAUGUAU